AUGCCCAGUCCACAACAACGCUUCAUGAAGGCGUGGGAACGUACUCAAGUAGAGCUUCAUGGGAGCUACUCCACGGAUCGAAUGCUCGCCUUGGCGAAAUACACACGCGAAACAAGUUGGCCACACAUCAUCACGGUGCUGCUCGUCUCCCCGCUACCAUGCUUGGUCAUUACAGUGCUCAGUGAUGUGAUACCUCUGGAUGGACCAUCCGGAGGUAUAAAGGCUAACAAGAUGUUCCAAAUUCGUCAGUACUACAGCUACGUCGUCAUGAGUUUCCUCUGCGCGCAGCAGUUCCGUACCAGUGUGCGGGCACUACCGUACCCGAACUGGCGCGUGUGGAGAAACACGAUAGUGGUGGCUGGUCUGACCGUCGCAGUUCUUCAUGGCUUAGCACUGUGGAUCGGCUUUCCCGUACCCUUCUCGAUCGUCAUUGCAAUGCCGGCGUGGGUAGUUAUUAUCACGAUAUCCAUGGCCAUCGAGUGGUUGAGACUUAUUCAACAGAACCCGGAAACAGGAACAAUGGUGUUCAAUACGAUCAAAGUGUGGUUAGUCGAGGUGCUACUGGUGGUGACGUACCCUCCGUAUUAUUACGUAUUCACGACGUUAUCCAAGACAGGCCAAAUGUUUUUCGCGUCGUUGUUACCAGUGAUCAAGUUAAUCAUGCGGAACAUCUUCACGCUGACAGUAGUUCACUUGAGUGACGAGAUGCCGGAGGUGGUUGUGUUCAACUCGGAAGUGUUCAACGCGUUGUUUGUAUCGUACUGUAUGCAGAAUUCACCCUCAUUCGGGACGACGUUAAUGGUGACGGCGGCGCUUCUGUUACAGCUUGGAAUGUCCCUCCGAGAUGUGAAUGAUGCUGUGCAUCGGAUGGAUAAGGUGGGGAGGCAACUCGCCCAUGAAGAUGUCUACAACGACCCAAGCAUAGCGACUCCCAAAUCCAGUGUUGGCGCCCAUGUUUUAACUUGUUUGGAACGCGCGGAAAAAAUGUUAUUAGAGCAGCGAGACGCAUUGCAAGAGUCAAAGGUUAAAACCGUUUCAGUACGUUCGUCAAUAACCCAGAGAGAUAAAAUAUCUCAAGCUGAAAAAGGAGGGGAGGGGAAGGAACUGUUGAAGUCCGAUAGCAUCGAGAAAACCUUCAAAUUCGAAGAGCGCGGUACAAUUAAACCUUACAGUGGAGCCCGUAUCCAACCAACUCCUGAAGAAGCGGAGAAACAUACUGCUCGUGGCGUAAAGGAGAUAACUGCGACCUCACUCCAAUAUGUUCUCGAGGUGCGGAGACUUCUGUACCUGACUGAGUUCCUCGUUCUGAUCAACUACGUCGGUGUUUUCAUUCCGCUGGUCUUCUCAAUCUACAUGGGCCUCAUGUACAGAUUACCCAACCGCACUUACUACGCCCAACUUGCUGAUCUCACCGAACAUGAACUGGACCAGGCGCUGAAAAACGUCAUGUUUAACUGUGCACUCAAGAUCCUGGCACUUGGCCUCCUAUGCUCCUUACUCCAGUACCGACUUCGGUUUUCGGCGAUACAUCAACUUGCGUUUGUCAUGGAGAAACAGUGGCCCGGUGUACAAACCAAGAUAUGUUUCUGGGUCUUCUAUAACGUUCAGGCGUCGCUACAACACCAUGGUUUUGACUACACUUUUAAGUUUGCGUGGCUGCACGAAGAUUCCAUGGCUGACGCAAGUAAUACAACUCGUUUCUAG